UGUAGUUGGUUCAACCCCCGGGUCAGAGGAAUGAGAAAUGCGUGGUGCUCAUAACUAGAGGUGUUGUUUUGUUUUUUAACGAGUUUUACUUAUAUAAUAGCGAUUUCAAAAUAAAAUAAAAAGCUUCCGUUAAAAAUCAUAUGGACAAGACAAGACCGUUAGAACAUAAUUAUUUUAUUUUUUUGACCGAUUUUGCCUCGUCACUUGAAAUACCGUUUUAGUACUUCCGAUUGUUGCUGAACGGGUUGCUAACCAGUUAGCCAUGCUAACUAUCUAGCCUGUAUUCACAUGAAAAUAGUCAAAUAACAGGACAGGAAUAACGCAACGACUAAACUAAUAGACGCAGAUUCAUUCCGUGUCAUUUAAAUCGUAAAAAUAGUAUAUAUUUACUACUUGAAUCGUCGACUUUUCUUGUUUGGAAAACAACCCGUUUUAAGUGAGCUAAGUUGUUAGCCACAUCACAACAUAACUACGGUGAGGACGGUCACCGGGAGCCUCCCGGUCCCCGCGUCUACAGACGGACAAUUAUGGAAGUGAAAUAACUAUAAUAUAACCAACUCCUACAUUUUAUAUUGUUCAUUACAUAUAAAAUAAAACAUGUCAGCCAGUGGUUUCUCCGACCUGCGGGAAAAGCUGAAGUCCAUGACUCCUCACCGGGACAAUUACAAAAACAGAGUUACCGAUAAGGACAACGGUUACAAAAAUAGGAAAGUUAAAGUUACCGACGGAGGUAGUAGUAACGGGAACGGCCGGAAGCGGAAGCACCGAGAUUCCUCCGAGGAUGAGGUCGAGCCUGUGGAAUCCCGUGAGCAGGAGGCGAGGCGUGUCCAGAGUGGCAUUGUUCAGGUAGAGGUCUUCUCUAAAGAGGACUGUGAUGUCAUUGAGGGCAAGAUAAAUGAGGUGGUUGCUAACGGAGAAGCGGGGCUUUACCGGGAACACACCGUAGAUCGGGCACCACUACGGAACAAAUAUUUUUUUGGAGAGGGCUAUACAUACGGGGCCCAGCUAGAGAAGAGAGGACCUGGUCAGGAGAGAUUGUACCCUAAAGGAGAGGUGGACGACAUCCCGACCUGGGUUCACGACCUCGUCAUCACUAAACUGGUCGCCAGCGGGGUCGUACCUGAAGGUUUUGUGAACUCAGCGGUGAUCAACGACUACCAACCAGGCGGCUGCAUCGUGUCACAUGUCGACCCGCUCCACAUCUUCGCCCGGCCAAUCGUAUCCGUGUCCUUCUUCUCAGACUCGGCCCUCUGCUUCGGCUGCCGCUUCCAGUUUAAACCAAUCAGAGUGUCUGAGCCCGUCCUGGAGCUUCCUGUCAGGAGAGGAAGUGUUACUGUCCUCAGUGGCUACGCGGCUGAUGACAUCACCCACUGUAUCCGCCCCCAGGACAUCAAGGAGAGACGAGCCGUCAUCAUCCUCAGGAAGACGAGACCAGAUGCUCCCCGUGUAGACCAGAGCCCCUCCCCUAACCCCUCCCCCCCUGAGAGACACGCCCCUCUGAAGGCCAAACGCUCUCACCGCAGAGCUGACCCAGACGCUGCACACAGACCGAGGGUUCUGGAGAUGGAUAAGGAGGAGAAUCGUCACUCCUCCUCUUCGUCCCGCCUUCAUCGCCGUAGCAACAGCUCCGAGAACUACUGGAGGCGGAGCCAAGACGGCGAUGUGUCACGCAAGGUCAAGAUGCGGCGUCACUGAACACCGGACUGGAUGGGCUCAGAGAGAGAGAGAGAGAGAGAGAGUGUGUGUGUGAGUGAGGGCGUUGGAUCGUCAGUCUGUUAAACCCCCCCUGCAUGCUCGGAUGAAUGGAACACGCCACGAGGCUGUCAGCCAAUCAGAGACUGGCCUGAGGACAGGAGGCGGGGUUACAGUAAGACUGUGGGAAGUUCUGUUGUUGCUACGCUGCCAACCCCCCCUGUUGCUACGCUGCCCCCCCCCUCCCCUCCCCAUGUCCUAGUAAACAGUGUUUCUAUAGGAACUAACUCCUCCGUGGUUCAUUGGACAGAGACCCUAUGGGGGAGAUGAAAGGCGUUUGUGUUGGGGAUAUAAAAUAAGGUCUGAUGACGUUUAGUUCUAUGAGACAUCUGCUAAUUGUGAAUUUUGCAGCAUUUUAUUUAAUUUGGAAAAUCACAUACAGGCUUCAUCAUUCAUAAAUGUCCUGUUGACUGACUGAUAUUAUCAGAGAACCACAACGUAAAGACUUCAUCAUUAAGGUGAUGUUAACUGACUGAUAUUAUUAUGCUAGUAUAAGACCUUAUUUUUCAGCGUUUAUCCCCAAACCCCCUCCGUUCAUUUCCCCAGUAGGAAUGGCUGAACGAACCAGUAGGAAUGGCUGAACGAACCAGUAGGAAUGGCUGAACGAACCAGUAGGAAUGGCUGAACGAACCAGUAGGAAUGGCUGAACGAACCAGUAGGAAUGGCUGAACGAACCAGUAGGAAUGGCUGAACGAACCAGUAGGAAUGGCUGAACGAACCAGUAGGAAUGGCUGAACGAACCAGAGGAAAGUCAUUUCCAGGUUUUUAGGUCUACAAGCUGGCCAGAUCUUUCCCCAUAGGGUUUGUCCGUUAGUAUCUGUUCCUGGGUCAGUGAUCUACCCUGUCACCCUGAACCAUUAUAGGGAGGUAGUAUCUGUUCCUGGGUCAGUGAUCUACCCUGUCACCCUGAACCAUUAUAGGGAGGUAGUAUCUGUUCCUGGGUCAGUGAGCUACCCUGUCAACCUGAACCAUUAUAGGGAGGUAGUAUCUGGGGGGGGGGACGACACCUACAGUAGUAACGCCUUGGACCAGAGCUACAUCUAGUUUCUCUAAACCCCUCCCCCCCGUCCUGCAUGUUACGUUGUUUACUACAGGACCUGUUGUUACAGUCACCUCUUUUACUUCAUCUUUACCUUGACUUUCCCCAUUGGUUGAUUGUUAGUUAUUUUAUUGUUAGUUUGGCUGACGGGCGAGGGUAGGGGGCGGGGGGGCUCGUUCUCUUGUGGACAGAUGCACCUAACAUAAAUGGCAUCAGUAGCUGUCUGUCCACAGACUGUUGGAUUCGCGAGCAGCUUUUAUUUCCGCUGUGCUGAUCAAUUAGACAAAUCACCAAUUCUCAGGUGCUGAUUUGGCCCGUAGACUUAAUGAAAUGUUUCAGAGGGGUGGAGAGGAGUCACGGCAGUACGUUUUUCAAACCCCCUCCUCCCUCCAGAACUUUAAUUUGAGCAUCUGACAUCAUUAAACACACAGGAUUUAACUAAAGGGUGUAACCGUGGUUACAGCUGAACACCUGACCAGGGGCCACGUUCAGUCGCCGAACGUUGUGAAACGUUGUGAAACGUGAGCGGCUAGAAAUGUCACGGAUAGAGCCGACCACGGUUCCUUAUUCUACGUCUGUCAGAGAGGCGUGUUUCUUCUACAUAGCAUAUUUCUACCUGAACGUUUUUCCACACGUUAUGUCCCGCUGUAAGCGUGGUAACCAUGUCAACCCCCCCCCCUUCACCGGUCCGACCGGCCAAUCAAACUUUCUGUUGCAUAUUCUAGAAAACAUAUAUCUAUGCUAUAUCCCUUUUUAUUGUUCAGAUCAAACGGCAUCCUGUUCCCUAGGUAACACUACUACUGGCCAGAGGGUCAGCCACCAUCCUGUUCCCUAGGUAACACUACUACUGGCCAGAGGGUCAGCCACCAUCCUGUUCCCUAGGUAACACUACUACUGGCCAGAGGGUCAGCCACCAUCCUGUUCCCUAGGUAACACUACUACUGGCCAGAGGGUCAGCCACCAUCCUGUUCCCUAGGUAACACUACUACUGGCCAGAGGGUCAGCCACCAUCCUGUUCCCUAGGUAACACUACUACUGGCCAGAGGGUCAGCCACCUCAUCAGAACCUAAUAUUUAACAAAUUACACAACAAACACCUAAAACAUAGUGGGUAAAGUAGUGCACUAUAAUAGGGAACAGGGAGCCGUUCGGGAGUGGGCCUCUUAGUGUCUGUUGAGAUGCCAUGAUGAUGAUGAUGAUGAUGACAUGUAUGUAACAUGGUUUGUAAUAAGAUGUACAGUUUAAAGACCUUUAUGAACGGAAGAGCCGACUGACUGGCUGGUUUACUGCCUGUUACACAGAGGAACCAUGGACUGUAUAACAUGUCCUAUUGGUACACUGUUCCCUGUGCUGUGCACUUUGCUAGACCGGGGGGGGGGGGGCAGCAAUGGGUCCUGGUCAAACCUAGUUCACUACAGGAACUAGGGGGUUUGUUCAGUGAAGCCCUGUUGUAAACCUGCUGUUCGACUGACAGGGUUUAUGUAUAAAGAACUGUGGACUGAUACAUAAUAGUAAUGAUCUGUUUAGGUUUUAGUUUAAACUGUAAAAAAAGAACUGUUCCACAAAAAUGCUUCCGUUUUAAAAUAAUAUCUUCCUAAACUGUU